CCAUACAUCCAUUGGGCCAGUUUGCGCCUUGGCUUCUCUGCUCCCUACCUAGUCCAACUGACAAUGCCUGCGGAUUGUCAACGCCUUGGAAACUGGUGGAAAGUGCCACGUUUGUUGAUUCCUUCAGCGCCUUUUUCCCUUUUGUUGUGGCCCAAGGGCCGAGGGACACGGUUUAACGCUCCUGCGUGGAGUUAAUCGGGCAAUCAAAACAACAACAACAGCAGCUAAAGCGCCCAGGAGCCAGCAGAACAUGGGAAAGGCGGGCGCUGGCAAGGGUCGUUCGCCAACACCGACACCCAAUCGGGAUGGCGGGGCAACGGCUGGUGGCGGUGGGAGUGGUGCUGGUGCUGGUGCUGGUGGUGGUGGUGGUGCAUCGGCACCCACAGCAACUGGAGGCACCACUGGCGUCGGUAGAUCCACACUACAUGCCAACAAAACGAUACUGAAAACGGUAUCCGUGUUCCUUGCCAGCGGCAAGCGCAACUCGAGCAACCAGCAGUCGAAAGCCGCCGCGGCUGCUUUGCAGAACAAACGGCAACAGCGGCAACGGAGGAUGGAUGAGCUGAGCGGCAAAGUGAAUCCCAAGCUGUUGGACAGCCUGCGAAAGAAGACGCGCUUUACCAAGGACGAGCUGGACGCCCUGUGCCGCAUCUACCGCAAGCUGGUGUCCAACUGUCAGUAUGCGGCCAAGACGCUGGCCUCCAGCUCCUCGAGUGCAGCUAUUGCCAAGCCACAUGCCGCCGUGGAGGGCAUCGAUCGCAUUGUGUUCCGCGAACUGUUGCACAGCACUUUCGACAUCGUCACCGAGGAGAUCCUCAUGGAGCGCAUCUUCUGCAGCUGGGACAAGGCCCACGAGGGCUUGCCCCUUCGUCUCGAGGGCUGGCUCAUUGGACUUUCAACAUUCCUGCGCGGCACUGCGGCGGAACGGGCCGCAUUUUGCUUCCGGGUUUACGACCUGAAUACGGAUGGAUUCAUUACCAAGGAUGAAAUGUUCACGCUGCUGAGAAACUGUCUGAUAAAGCAGCCGCAGGACGAAGAUCCCGACGAGGGCGUCAAGGAUCUAGUCGAGAUUGUGCUGAAGAAGUUCGACCUGGAUAAGGAUGGCAAGGUAUCCCUGGAAGACUUUAUGGGCACGGUCACAGCUGAACCAUUGCUAAUCGAGGCCUUUGGCCAGUGUCUUCCCACAGAUAGCGCAGUGGUUUCCUUCUUCUCAACGCUGCAGGUGUGAUCAGCAUCUUAAUACCUUACAACUUGUUAAACUAAUCUACCAAUAAAAUGUAACAUAAUAUUAGUGAAUAUUU